AAGAGAAAACCAAAAUUACUUGUAGCGCAAGGAAGAGAAAAAUUCAAACAGCAACAAAUCUUUUGUUUUUUCCAUUCACCAUUCAUUCCUUCACUGCCUUCAAUACUUCAAUAGUCUCUUUAGUGAGGUUUCUUGGAAAGCAAGAUUCUUCUAAUUUCUUUCAAACUUCCAUUGGAUCCACGACCCAAUUUCUUACAAACCUUCCUUUUUCAUUGGGUGGACCCACACAGAAAAAUACACAAGUGCGCAUUGAAAGCAGUAACUUGCGCGAGAAGAAAAUAACGGUUGCGCCCCGACCCGACGAAGAUCAGAAGAAGAAAAAGAGAUUCAACAAACUUGCUCUAAUUUUUGCUGAUAUUUCACUCUUGAAAAAGUGGUGAAAACAACAUUUGGAAUCAAGAACAUGGAGCAAGAGAAUUCUCAAACUAUUUCCGGUACUACUUCUCAUGAUAGCAUAGUGGAUCUUUCUUGCCACUAUCAGUUUGAAAAUGGGUCAUCUCAGUUUCUGUUUUUAGAUUUUGAUCACAGUGAAAAAAAUGGAACUUUCCUUAACCAUUCCUUAAGCUUCUCUGUUGAGAGCUUUGUUCAAACACUUGCUUCAUGCAAUGGCUUAAUCCUCUUAUCUGGUUAUGUCACUGAUCAAUCCUGUUACUAUGUGGUAAAUCCUCUUACAAAAGAUUCGAUCACGAUCCCUCAACCUUGUAUUCAAGAACAUGUUAUUAGAGUUGGUUUAGCUUCCAAUGAUUAUAACCAAUUUAAGAUUGUUCUUCUUGAAGCAAAAUCUUCCCAAUUGAUGGAUGGAAAUGGACUAGAGUUUCAUAUAUUCUCUUCUGACACAAGCGAAUGGAGUAAGGUAAACCAUUUCGUCGAUUUAACUUUCCCUCCUUUGCCAGAAUUCGAGUUUAAGGAACUAUCUACGCAACCUCUUUAUUCAAAUGGUUCUAUCCAUUGGGAGAUUGAUGGAAACUUAUUGGUGUAUCACGUCGAAGAAGACAACUGUGAACUAAUUGAACUGCCGAAUUUUUCCAAAGACUGGGCAUGGCAAUCGACGAUGAUGUAUCGCCGAUGUUUUUGCGAAUCGAGCGGCUGUGUUUACUAUUGUUACACUGAUUUUGAUGGUUUUCACGUUUGGGAACUUCUUAAGGAGGAUUACGAUCUCGGGCCAUUCUCUGAUUCCGAAACAUUUAGGUGGAAAUUAGUCCAUACUGUCAUGCAUGAGAGUUUUGCCUCAACGCAUCACGAAUUUCGCGACACAUUGUUCGAAUGGGAGCCGCUUACACCGAUUGCUUAUUCCAAACAAGCACAGACUAUAUAUUUGCAGAUUCCAGGCGCUGUUGUUGGUUAUAAUUUUGAUACAGAAAAUUUGAGGUUAAUCUGUAGAUAUUCAUAUCCAGAUAUGAACUUCAACUGUUGCACAUUUCUGUGUUCAACUAGUUUUGUGACUCAUAAUGUGCCUAGAGAAAAAGACUUGGUGAGUGAUGGAGAAACAAUGGAGCUGAUUUUACCAAUAGCAGAUGUUGAGAUUUUGUUUGUUUAGAUUAAGUUUUGGCUAUUCUGUUGUGAAUAGAAUGCAUUUUAUGCUACUAGCUAUUUUCACAUUUUAUUUGUUUAACAGUUGUGGAAACUUGUUUGGAACUUUGUCAUUAGACAAUAUCAUAUUUUUGUUUUGAAAUGUUGAAA